CGUCCUAUCGACCAUUCUCAUCCCAUCCACAGGAGUGACCUGAGCUGUUCUUUACGUUUGUCAUUUAUUUCGCUUCGGAAGCGUUAAUCUCCAGUGAUUUGUGCGUGUGGCCUUUGGUUAUAUACCGAUUUUUGCCAGUGACAAACUUUUAAAUACAAAAAUGAGAAGCUCCUUAUUGUCUGUCCUGUGGCUGGUGUUGUGGGUUCGUGUGUGUGGCGUGUGGGGAGCGGCCAUGGCCCCCAUGGUACCGUACCAGGGCCGGGGUAGAGACUGCCGGUGUGUGCCCAACGAAGAGUUCUGCACCAUGGAGGUUCUUCCCCUCUCUGUCGUCGCUGCAUAUUCUUUUGCACCAUAUACCUGCCGUUUAGGGACAAGAUUGUGCUGCGAGACGAACCCGGCUCAACCUGACGCGAAGAAAAAGAACACCGAUGACCUCUUGGAUGAUGGGGCCUUAAUAGUCAAGGUUCCUUCCCUCCAGCCAUAUUACGACCUGCAGCUUCGCUACAGCAAAGACAACAAUACUAAUGAAAAAGUAUCGGAAGGUCAAAAAGGCGUAAACAUAGAAUCUGCCCCUGAAGAGUUCACGGAAUUUCAUCCAUUUCAUGAAAACUACCCAAAUCUGACUAACGUGCAGAGUCACGUUUCGGAGGCCCUUCCCGGAGCGUCCCACGCGGAUAAAGAAAAAGAUGACAAAUCUCGUUUAACAAAGGUUGAAGGUGUUGGACUGCCAGUAGUAGGCUUGAAGAGAAGUCACGUCAACGCUACUAAUGAACACGUCAAGAAAGCUUUGAUCGAUGCAGAAAACUCUACUCUAAUUGACGCAGUGAGACGCGCUCUGUAUUUACUGAAAGGUAAUGCAACAAGGGCCAUUAACUCGAGUCAUAAAAGUGAAGGGUCGCAAUCUAGCCUGUGGCUCGGUACACUGCCAACCUCGUCUACAGAAUAUUCACAUAAAGACGCUCUUGGUGCCGCCACUCACAAUAAGUCUGUAUUUACUUUGAAUCCUCAGGGAGAAUCUUUGAAUCUUAACGUGACAAAAAGUCCUGUGCAAGGUUAUGUCAAUGUUUUGGGCAACGGCUCUUUGCCAGGAGCUUCCGUCAACGAGAGUUCCAAUACUACAGUGUCGCACAACACUGGCAAUAGUUUCUGGCUUUGGUUUUGGGGAUAGAAUUAGUGUGAAGUAAUUUUAAGUACUAUAGUGUAAAGUUCAUGCUUAUUUUUAAUAUCUGUAACUAUAAUUUGCAGUAAUUUGUAAAGAUAAUCUUAGUUUUAAGGAUCAAACUUUUAAUUUAGAUUUUUAAAAUCCUCGCAAAUCGGUAAAAACCUGUCAGUUUUGCAAAAUUUUUGGGGUUGAGAAUGUAAAGUAUAUUGUAAUAAGCAUUGUCAAUCUUUUAUAAAUAAACAUUAACCCUUUUUAAA